CACACACACACUCCGUAUUUUGUGUACGUACCCUCCUCAUUUCCCCAUUCAACCAUCAAUCAAUGCAUAAUCAUGGCUUCUUCUCUCCCGACCUUCCCACGAAUAGUAUUCACUAUUAUAGAGCCUAUCUCUUUGUAAGAUUUCAUAAAAAAUUUGCUGGUUUUGCUGGUGCCGUCAUUGAUCCAGCUUGGUUCAUCGGGGAACAAUCUCCCCAGAAGAACGACGGUGAUGCUUCUCACAAUAGCAUCAUUGUAGCCUGGCAGCUAGGGAACUUGUAUUUGCUGCUAGCAUUCGUUGGGGUCGCGAUCCUAUCCACCACUACUGAAAACCGAGUUGUUCGAUCGUAUCUUGUUGCUCUUUGGCUCGCAGACAUCGGUCACGUUGGCUUCAGCUCUUAUGGGAUAGGUCGGGACAGGUUACUGAGCCCUUCCCAGUGGAACGCCAUGACUUGGGGAAAUCUUGGAAUGACGUUAUUCCUUUUUUGCACGCGAACGGCCUAUCUCACGGGCUUCUUUGGACCUGAUUACGUUGACAAAGCCGCGUCAAAGAAGACAGCAUGAUAAACCUGAGUGGGAAAACUGUUUGAGGCGACAUCGGUGACAGAACAGCUAUGGGGGAUUUCCUAGUACAGAAUUUAUGAAUGAAAUGCUCCGAAGACCUUGCUAUAAUACCCCCAGUGCAUUUAUAUCCUCUCUUCGUCCUAUAGCUUAUAAAUUUACAAGAGAAAUCAUAGGUUGCGGUCUUAUUGUAAUACCGUAUGGAGCAUAAACUCAUGAAAUCCGGUAGCUCCAGCCUGUGGGUAUAAACUAGCCUCUUUCAAGGUGCAUGAUUGGUUAAUGUGGCAAAUAAAGAUCUGAUAUCUGUAAAAGAGCGUUAUUGGUCAAAUAAGUGAAAUCGCUCAGGCUAGCGUGUGUCCACAGCCUCUCCCGGAUUUCGUGAGUUUAUUAUAGG